AUGGAAGAGCGGCUGCUGAGCCGCUGGCUGCUGCUGCCGCCGCUCCUGGCGCUGCUCUUCCUCUUCGUCCUCUACCAGUACGCCUCUCCCGGCGGAGGCUGCCUUAGCGCGCCCGCUGCGCCCGAUCCUCCGGCCGUUUCCCCCUGCGGCGCCGGCGGGCACCUGGCCCGGCGGAGGCAGCGCUUCCCGGGGGACCCCGCGGGGCUCCCGUCCCGCCCGCCGGGCUCUCCCGGGCGCAGGUCCGCCUUCGGCCUGUCGGAGCUUUGCCGCCGCGCGCGCUUCGACAUGCGCGGCCGCGACGUGAUGGUGUUCCUGCACAUCCAGAAGACCGGCGGCACCACCUUCGGGAGGCACCUGGUGCGCAACAUCCGCCUCGAGCAGCCCUGCUACUGCCGCGCGGGCCAGAAGAAGUGCACUUGCCACCGGCCGGGGGCCGCCGGCGCUGCUGCUGCCACGCCGCCGGCAGGCGACAAGGGGGACAAGGGCGACACGUGGCUCUUCUCGCGCUUCUCCACCGGCUGGAGUUGCGGGCUGCACGCCGACUGGACCGAGCUCACCAGCUGCGUGCCCGCCGCCAUGGAGCGCAGGGGGGGCUGCCCCGCCAACCGCACCCGCAGGUUAGUCCCCUUCGCUGGGAUGGGGGUGGGGUGGGGAGUGGGAGUGAUCAUACGGAAUUGCAGAGAUCCAGCAGUUCAAGAUCCGCUUUAAGUUGCACCCAUCCGAAAGAGCUAGCCUAGGCAAUUUCCUCUUGCUCCAGGGAGUUUUGGGAGUCUUCUGCGACGCAUUGCUGCUUUUCGAUCCAGCUUCAGGUUUUGCUCAGCCAGGUGUACAAAUCGGCUUGCAUCUUGCCGUAG